GCGCUCCAAUUUUUUGACGUCUUCAACCCUAGAACCAGACGGCUCUGAGAUCAAAAACAAGAAGCUAGCUGGCUUUCAAGCUGGUAGGCAGGUUGUUAUAGCUUCGUCUGAAUUUAUAACGUAGCUAAGGACAUUCAAAUAGAGGUAAGAUAUAAGUGAAACAAACGUCAAAGAUACACGAGCGUCGGAUAGGAACGGAGGGCAACUUUUCCCCGGAAAGGUGGGAAUUUGUUUUCAUUUGAUUUUGUUGGCUAACGCUAGCCUAACCUAAUAACGUUACUGUACGUUAGCCAACAACAGUCGCAAGACUCCUUCCUGGACUUGUCGAAGUUGCAAAGCUAGCUGGACCCUCCUUAAAUCAAAAUCAUGGCGUGUGGAGCGACCCUGAAAAGAACCAUGGAGUUUGAUCCAUUGAUGAGUCCAACGUCGCCUAAAAGGAGAAGGUGUAUCCCGGUUUCCCCAUCAUCCUCCUCAUCCCCACGGAAAUACCUUCGCAUGGAGCCGUCACCAUUUGGAGAGGUGUCGUCAAGACUAUCAGCUGAGAAAAUUCUGAACAACAUCAAGCAGGAGUACAAGCGCAUUCAGAAGAGAAAACACAUCGAUGGAGUUUACCAACAGACAGAGGGUUGCUACUCCCCAGAGGCUCCACCCCCUCUAGGUGGAUCCAGUAUGCCAGGCACAUCGGCUGGAGGUUCUUCUCCAUCAAGGAAAGAACAGCCCUUAUUUACUCUUAGACAAGUUGGAAUGAUUUGUGAACGUCUACUGAAGGAGCGUGAAGAUAAAGUUCGGGAGGAAUAUGAGGAGACCAUGACUUCCAAGUUGGCAGAACAAUAUGACACUUUUGUGAAGUUUACACAUGACCAGUUGAUGAGAAGAUUUGGAGAGCAACCUGCAAGCUAUGUUUCCUGAAAGCGUCCCAGUCUGCCAGGUGACCUGUUGCUGCAAGCUAUCAAGUUUAAAUCUUGGGAAAUCACCGCAAGAGAUUUGGUUUAUUUAAACUUUUCUUACUGUGCCAUAUUUUUCCUUUGGGCAAAGGUUUAUAAGCCGUUAUCACUCUCUCGCAAGCAGCUAGGUGCUUCCUAAUGUAAAUGUAUAGGCCCUCUCUACCAGUGGCCUACGUUUCUCCUGCUGUACUUGUAUCGAUAAGGCCUCACUCUUACAAGGAAUUCCGAACUUUAUUCAUUGUUUUAUUUCUUUGUUACAUGUGUAUAUAUAUAGCAAACCACCUAGGUUUAUGAUAUAUAUAUAUAUAGAGAUAAAGCAAUGUAGAAAUCCAUGUAAGGUUUGCUGGUCAAUCUAUGAGCAAGUGGAAGAUGCAAGUUAGUACAGUUUGGAGAAGAGAAUAUGCGGAUGCACCAGUUACUUUUUUUUGUAUGGAACUUUACAAAGUGUAAGUUAGAUAUUAUUAUUUUUUCCCCUUUCAAAAUGGUUAUUUUAUUUUGUCAUUUUUGUUUUCCUGGUAUUACUUUCAAACCUAUGUACUUAGUGGAAAACCAAACAAUAAAAUGUUUUAAGGCUUA